AUGUCAUCCCAGACGUACGUGCUAUGCGGUGGAACAACUGAAAAGGGGAAUACCUGCCUCCACAUCGCAUCUCUCUGUGGGCACAAAGGUUUCUGCACCAAGAUCCUGAAGCAGGAGUCGCGUGUCCCUUCAGUCUCGUCUCUUCUAUCCGUCACCAACAAGGACGGCGAGACGCCACUGCUCAUCGCCGUGAAGAGCGGCCAUGUUUCUUUGGCUGAUCAUUUACUCGAGGAAUAUAGUAGGCACGGGCUGAACCAGGAUCUUUUGACGCCAGACAAGCAUGGAUGCAACGUCCUGCACCAUGCCAUCCGCAAUGGCUACAAGGAACUCGCACUUAAACUGAUAGAGAAGCAGCCUGCCCUUUCAGAAUCUUGUAACGAGCGCAAAGAGUCCCCCAUGUUCAUGGCAGUGCUAAAAGGUUUCAAGGAUGUUUACGUCAAGUUGUUGAGCAAUCAAAAGUCGAAAUAUACCGGACCUGCUGGCUGCAAUGUUUUGCACGCUGCUGUUAAAUAUGGCGACAAAGAUUUCGUUGAAGAACUUGUGGGUAGACGUUCUAACAUUGCCAAAUAUCUGGCUAUACAAGAGGACAAGAAAAAAGGCAGUCCAAUGCAGCUUACUGCACAUUUUAACAGGGACGAAAUUUUAAAAAUAAUGUUGGAGUUUGAUCGGUCCUUAGGGUAUCAAAUCUCCACAGAUGAUGGUAUUCCUCUUCUUCAUACUGCUGCAGAGCGAGGCCAUGUUACUGUUGCUCGAGCACUUCUUGAGCAUUGUCCAGAUGCUCCCUACUGCAACAACAACGGCAGAACAUGUCUUCAUAUAGCUGUAGAGGAAGACCAGAUAAAGUUUGUUGAAUUUAUCCUUGAGAAGAACUCAAAACUUGGGAAACUUGUUAAUAUGCUAGAUGGUAACGGUGACAGUGCUCUGCAUCUCGCAGUUGAAAAGUGCAAUCCGAAGAUGGUCAGUGCUUUACUGGGUCACCCUGACAUCGACAUCAGUGUUAUUAACGAAAAUGCUUGCACAGCAAUCUGGAAAUUAAAUGAAUUCGAAGACUUGUCCAAGACUAUAAACUGGAAUAAAAUCUUUUUGGAUAUAUACGAAGCCGAUCCUAUAGCAGAAACUGACAUUUAUAAUCUUCAUGUGGAAGUGAGGAAAAAAGUAAUUAAAGCGUCAAGGAAAGAUGCUAAAUCUCUGAUUGAAACAUAUACAGGCAACACAUCUUUAGGGGCUAUCCUCAUAGCGACAAUUACCUUCGCUGCAGCUUUCACAUUGCCAGGAGGAUACAGCAGUGAGGUUGGAAGUGAGGGGCUACCCAUCAUGGUCAGGAAGCUUGCAUUUCAAGCAUUCUUAAUCUUUGACACUUUAGCAAUGUGCUCCUCCCUGGCUGUAGCCUUCAUAUGCGUCAUAGCAAGGUGGAAGGAUUUUGAGUUCUUGUUACACAAUAGAUUUUUCACAAAGAAGCUUAUGUGGUUUGCAUACAUGGCAACAUCCCUAGCAUUUGCAACUGGUUUAUACACAGUUCUGGCAGGUCGACUUCAUUGGUUGGCCAUUGCAAUUUGCGUUCUAUCUGCAUUGCUGACUAUUCUUACGAUGCUGAUUGGUGAAUGGCCCAUCUUGAAGCUGAAAAAUAGAUACCGUAGUACUUCAUUCAACUCCGAUUUCCUUGACUUGGUCUGA